AUGGAUUCAUCAGGCACUGGUGAGUCGAACACUACGGGUCCUAUGCCCAUCGUAUCAGACUACCGAGAGUCAUCGGAGCAUGAGGUACACACUUCAGAUGUUACCAGCACGAAUGAGGAUGAUUUCCAGCCAUUCGCGCUACCCGAUGUUGUCGCCGAGCCCGCUAAUGGCCCUUUUGCCGCGGAUUUGCCGCUCAUGGAGAUCCCUGCCCCUAUACCUCUUGCCGCUUAUCCUGUUCUUGAUAUGCUCCUUUAUUUUGAGAUGGAGUUCGAUGACCCAAAGCCUGCCGUGGCCCCUGAGCCAUUAGCCACUCCUGACCCUGUGUUUGAGCAUGACCCUAUUUAUGCUGGCAUACCCAUUGUUGACCCUGUGAUUGCUGAUCUACCCGUUGAUGAUCACCCUGCUGAUGCCCCUCUCAUCGCUGAUGUACCCGCCGAGCCUGAUGUUGUCGCUCCUCUUCCUGAUCCUGUUCCUUUGGAGCCCGACCAUGCCCUGUUUGCGACACAUAUUGAUUCCCGUUAUGCGCACACCCAGAAUGGGUGGAUUGAUGCUGAUGAUGAGUACCCGCCUUUUGUGGUACCAGUUGCGCCUGUUCCAGCCCCUGUGUCAGUUCCUCCUGAUAUUCCUCUGCAUCCCGUUUAUACCACCGAUGCACGUCACAUGGAUUUCCCUUUAUUAUUCGCUCAGUUCACACCUCCAGCACGACCUGGAGAGGGAGGCACUCACACGACGCAUACAGGAGCUCAAGAGAGCUCAGCCACCGCCUUGCCAGUGUCAGGGUCAGACUCACCCUGCUACUUCGCAGCCCCCUCGACUGUUGUCACCGGACUCUGCCGCACGUCUUUGGGCACUGGAGCAGCAGAUGGCUUCCUGGUUGCGUUCCCAGAGAGCCAUGGAGGAGGACUGGCUCCAUUUGCGUCAUUUGUUCUAUUCCCAUUUCCCCCUCCUCCACCGCCAUCAGUGUAG